AUGCAUCAUCCAGCACCCUCUUUCGACGCCGUCCGGCCGCGCCGCGAUGACUCGACCUCGGGCAACAACGACGACGAAAACCACGAUGGCCUCGAUGGUCACGCCAGCGGCUCUCGGCCCCUCUCGGCGUCGAGCAGCCAUCCUGUCCUCGCCUUUGACCCCACCGACUUUGACACCCGCAUCAAGCUUCCCUCGUCCUCGGCGGCAGCUCCCGGCCACGAGGCCUACGCCUUCAGCCCACCAGAGCCGCCGACCCAACGACAGCCGGGUCCGCAGCCUGAGCAAAGCGAUGACGAGGAAACGCGGUCGCCGCAAGCCUCGCGACGGACCGACGAGGACGAGCAGCUGGGACAGCUCAUCGCCCUCGACUUUGCAGAGCAGAGCGCCCCCCAGCACCAACCUCCCCCGCCACCGAGCCUGGACACUGAGCAGUUCCCCACCGAGCAGGACAGCGCCCCCCUCCAGACCCUGCCCGAGGGAAGACGGGUCAGCGGCUUUGAAGCACCGCCAGACGCCGGGGACAGCACCUCGGCGCCCCGAAAGCAGCAGCAGCAGCAGCAGCAGCAGCCGCAGGAGCAGCCGGAGCAGCCGGAGCAGCCGCGUUACCCGCAGAGGGCGACAUACUUCGAUACCGCCCAGCGCAGCCGAUCGAUUGCUGCUCUCGACCAGACAUCGCCCCGGCGAUCCGUCCAGUCUCCUGACGAAGAACCUUUCGGAGGCGGUCCCGCACCACCUCCAGCUUCCAGCGCGCGCCACCUCAGCACAGGCAGGUCUCCCGACUCGUACCAGGAGCCAGCGCCCUACGCCGGACCCGGCCUGGUCGGUCGGCAGCUCUCUGAACGACGGGCGCCCGCCGCCUACGCCCAGCCCGAGGACUGGACCUACGCCGGCCCUUCGAACUCGGCCUCGUUUCACUCGUCGGCUCCGGGCACCUCCGAUCGCCACCGCACGCCUCAGGAGCUUAAUGCCAAGUACGGCAGCAAGUACGUCCCCGUCACGGCCAACGAGCCCGUUCCCGAGAAGCCAGUCUGGAGCCUUGGAAGCACCCUGCCCCGAGUACGGAGGGCGCCCAAGUCGGUCAAAACCAUUGACCGGCAGUCAAGGCCACGUGUCGGAGCUUCGCAGUCGAGCGAGAACGCGAAAAGGCCGUUCAGCUGGCUCGGGCGCGGCAAGACCCUGGAAGAAGCCCGGUCCGUCUCCAAGCGCAGCGCCUCGGGAAACGAAGUCGGCUGCUCGGAGAGUGAAGAAGGCCACAACCGCAGCCACGACGAGUUGCGCGAUUCAGGACGUCUGCCCAGGGGACAGGCGCUAGCCACCCUCGGCAGCGCGGCCAGGCUCACUCAGGACGUCCGUAAGGGCUGGCACGACGAGGACCGCGCCGCAGGUUCGCAUGGCCCCCUCGAGCCUGGCAAGCGACCCGACGAUGGUGCCGCCGACCUGGCCGAGAUCGACGUGGACCGCUCGCUGAUGGCCUUGGCCCGGCACAGCCGUCCGUCAGUGCCCUUUGACGAAAAUGACCGCCGCGAAGGACAGCACGGUCCCCCCCAUGGCGACGACAAGGCGGGCCGUCGACUUCGUGAGGCGCGGCAGAGGCUGCUACAGGAGGCCGACGAGAUCCAGGCGCGCAGCGCGGGAGAUGCUCGCAAAGACAUCCUCACCGACGAGGCGGUCCAUCAGGACGAGGAGGGUGAUCCUGUCCCGAUCAAGGAGGGCUCGACCAGCAGGGCCGAUCACGUCCAGCGCCGGCAGUCGCAGCCCGGCUCUGCCCAGAGGCGCUCAGGCAGCCACGGCCAGAGCGGGCUUGGCACACGCGGCGCUGGCGGAGGAGGCGGGGCAGGCAACGGCGGCGACAACGACUCAAAGCUGCCCGAGAACUCGUCGAGCAUGGACCAGACCCGGCAUCCAGGCCUCUCAGGCGCCCGACCGCCACCCCGGGGCAGGACAGCCGGUGGACCCGCCGUCGGGGUCGGCACCCGGCACGCCUCGAACGUCAGCGCCAGCGCGCAGCACCACGAGGCGCCGCAGCUUCAGCGCAGUGCCUCCUCCCACAUGUCUGCGAGGACGCGGCGGUCGUCGCACCCGACGUCGCUCCGGCGGCGAGGGCAUCCUCCGGCGUCGCAGGCUGGUCGCGACCUAGGUGGCCGAGCCGAUGACCAGUCGACGGACCCGGCACAGGGCGACGACCAGCUGCGCAAGUCGACCUCGUCAUCCCAGCCGACCACCGACGACGGCCGCAUCGGCCACAUCGAGGCGCGCCAGGCGGCGGGUCCCAGGAAGAGCGACGAGGAAGGCGGACGUCGCAGCGGCGGUGGCGGCGGUGGCGGCGGCGAAGACACGCGGACUGCCUGGAUGCAGAACAGCAUGGGUCGCCAGUCGGCGUCGAGCGACGUGACCGCCACCAACAGCGACAGCCAGUAUCGGCUCCACGACGACGACGACGACGACGACGACGAUGGUGCCGGGCGGUUCCAGCGCAGGGCAAGCGAGACGUACGACGCCGUCGACGACCUGCAGCGGAUCGCCUUUCCGAACCUGUGGAGCAAGUGGCGCUUCUACUCGCGCGAGUUUCUGGCCGAGCUCGUGGCGAGCGUGCUGCUGCUCGUCAUCGGCACGGGCGUCAACUGCCAGGUGCGCCUGUCGGCCGCCAUGAACUCGACGGGCGGCAGCUACACGUCGCAAAACACGGCGUGGGGGCUCGCCAUCAUGUCGUCCAUCUACCUCAGCGGCGGCCGCAGCGGCGCCCACGUCAACCCGGCCAUCACGCUGACGCUCGCCGUCUACCGCGGCUUCCCGUGGAAGCAGGUGCCGGUCUACUGGUCGGCGCAGCUGUUGGGCGCCUUUAUCGGCGCCGCCAUCACCUACAGCCUCUACCUGCCCGCCCUCAACGAGUACGAGGGCGGACCCGACGUCCGCACCUUGACCGGCGACCACGGCUCCGGCGAGCUCUUUGUCACGGUGCCUCAGAUUGUCACCACCGUCGCCUCGGGCUUCGGGACGGAGCUGGUGGCCACCACCAUCCUCACCGUCAUGGUGCUGGCCGUCGGCGACGAGACCAACGCGCCGCCCGGAGACGGCAUGACGGCCGUCGUCCUCGGCCUCGUCCUCAUCAUGGGCAACAUGGCCUUGGGCUGGUCGACGGGCUUUGCCGUCUCGCCGUCGAGGGACCUCGGCCCGCGCAUCCUGCUGGCGUGUCUCGGCUACGGCCGCGAGAUCUGGACGCACAACUCUUCCUGGUGGCUGUACGGCCCGCAGGCCGGCUGCUUUGCCGGCGCCAUCCUCGGCGGCCUCAUCUACGACCUCACCAUUUUCACUGGCGGCGAGUCGCCCAUCAACUAUACCAGAGAGGCGUGGCAGGAUGCGACGCCCAGCCGCCUCGUCCGGCCGCUCCAGGAGGCAGUGGCCCGGUCGCAGCGGCAGAAGGCGUGGAGAGCCAGCGGCCAAGGCGACGACGACGGCGACGACGACGGCGACGACGGCAGCAGCUUCGGCCGCGGCCAGGGCAACGGGACGUCGGACGGCCGUGGGCGCGCCAGGUUCGGCGGGCUGUUCUCGAAGCGCGUCAUGGGUGGCCGAGCGGCAAAGGAGGAGGCGGACCGGCUGGCGAACAAGGUGCGCGACGGCGGCGGUGGCAGCAGCCGUGCCAGCUCGGCAGCGUCCAGCCUCUCUUCCGGGCGCGGCGGCGGUGACCCCGCCCCGCAGCGCCAGCUCGAUGUGCGGCCCGGCCAAGGCGGCAAUGACUGGCCUACCUCGCAGCACAGCGCCAGCAUGCUCGAGCUGCAGGAGCGCGGUGGCGUCGAUGUCGGUGGUGGUGGUCGUCGGUGA